AUGGAGGAUCAACGAGUGCUUAUUUUGACGUCCGUGGAUUACUUCGGUGCCGCUGCUUUGUCCGUGUUGCACCGACUGGGCUAUGAGACUGUGCUCUGCGUCGUAUGCGGUGGAUCCCAGGGCCUUGACGUUAUAGCGGAAUGCCAGAAGCAUGGGUACAGACACUUGAUAGAAGCGGAGCUGCAUCCUGCUUGAUAGAGAUUGAUCUCUAGAAUUGCCUGACUCCUAUCCUAUUCUACGACUUAAUAGAAAUUGAGCGUUUAGCGCUAUUUCCAACCUUAUCGACGUCAGAUCAUACGCGUUGCAGAUGUUUUGGAUCCACCCAUUUUGAAAGUCCACUAAAUUCUUACCUGUUCUCCAAUUUAUCUUGAAAACCAGGUAUUCAAACUUUGUCUCGGACGAUGCAGCAUUGCUGGGGGGCGUGUGUCAGGCCUUUAGCCCGACACUGUCGAUAGGUCUUGGCCCGGGGCUUCCGAGAACUUCGCUAUGUCUGGAUUUCGAAGCGAUUCCUCCAAAUGAGGGCUCUUCCUCCAAUCUCGAUCCCGCGUGUUCAGGGGAAGUGACGCCAUCUUGGCCGGAGUUCUUCGCCAUUUUUAGCGGCGCGGAGACUUCGCGUUUGCGACUGUGCCUUACUUCUGCAUCAUCUGAGGACAUUACAACUCCUGAAGCUGAGGUAGCAGCAAGAGAAACGCUAGGAUCGGUGGAUGUCCCGGUGACACCGUUCGACACAGCAAUAAGUCUACGGUACAAGCAUGUGACAAGUUUUCCUGCUCUACUCGAAUGCAGCUUAGAGGCGCUGAGAGCCGCCGGACUGGACGGCACUUCUCCGGAAGUUGAGGAGCCAUCGCUCUUCGAUUUCAAUUCAUCAUCGUCUGCGCUUUUGGCUAGUAAAAGUGGAGGGUUAGGGGGAGAACAAGCUGGCUUCUUUGUGGAUUCAGAGCGCAUGUCCCUAGAGGAAGCGGACCGAUUUAUCCGGGGCUGCAGUUUCCCGCCAUAUGAUCCGCCCUUAGUUAAAAGCGCCUUGGACGGGUGCGAUUACUACGUGGAUUCAGUGGAACACUAUCUGCACUACUUGCGUUCCAUCGGGCAACGCCCAGACGGCACCUCGAUCACAGAUCGGAGUGGAACGAGGCUCCUCGGCGACUGCGAGACAACGACGAAGCAGUAUUCAGCAGACACCCACUGGUACUCCAACGUGGGAGGCACCAUUGUUAAGGUGCAAGCGGAGACGAUGCAGUUGCGCAAACGAAACGAGGUUGUAGAGCUUAUACCAGGUAAGGACUUUUUGAUGUAGUGUGCUUUAAUAUCUACAAGUGCAAACUAUGGAUGAGCUCCUGGAUACGAUGUAGAAGUGUUAGUGUUUGUCCUUUUCUACUUCGACUUUUCCCUACUGUGAAUGUGUUUAUUGCUGUAAAGCGGCUUUAUCAGUUCGCUUGUGUCUCUCUCACCAGGUGCAGCGGUAUCAGCCAAAGCUAAAAAGAGGUUGCGAAUGAACGAGCCAUUAAUUGGACUAACCGCUUACGGCUACAUUCAGAAAGCGCUAUCAAGUGGCUGGAUAGGGGUUGAGGGUCCCUACAUCAAGAAAUUUGAGGCCGCAAUCACCAGAGUGUGUCAGGUACUUGUUGUGUUUUAGCAGUAGUUGGCAUUAAAUGCUAACAACUUUUCUGUGCCAACUUGCUGUAUUCAGAUGGAUGCCGUGUAGUGUAUUCUGUCCUAUUGCUAUUCUAUUUUAUCCUAGCGUAAUUCACUCUCAUCGUCGUGUCGUCGAUUGAUCUUUUCUGAAGCGUUGAAAUCGUUAUCGACUCGAAAAUCCAGGUCGAAGCAGCAUGCGCAGUCCAGAGCGGGACCGCUGCCUUGUAUGGCGCGAUGAAGGCUUUAGGGGUGAGUGAGCAGUCGCAUCGCGUGAUCGUUCCAACCUACACUUGUGCCGCUUGCGCCGACGCCAUUGCACAUGCAGGAGGCGUGCCUAUUGCGGUGGACUGCGAGCUCGACAGUUACGGGCUCGAUUUUGACGCGGUGCGGGAAGCUAUUAUGAGCGACGAGCAGAUUGUAGGCGUAGUCAUUGCUCCGAGUUACGGUACGCCCUCAAGGGACCACCUGAAAAUCUACGAUUUGUGCCGCGAACAGGGUUUGUGGUUGUGCGAGGACAAUUGCGAAUCCUACGGCGCUGUGAUGCAGUUAGGGGACGGGGAGGAAAUGAAGGACAUGGCGGGGGAGAUGACUCAGGCUGGCUCAACAUCUACUCUGAGCAACUCAGGGAGAACGGCGAAGGUGGGAUCCAUGAGCACCAUGAGUGUGAUCUCCGUCCGAAGCGAGAAAAUGGUGGGCGUAGGCGAGGGUGGCGCAAUCCUCAGCAAGGAUGCAGCUCUAGUUUCAAAAGCACGUUGGUGGUGCAGUCGCGCACCAGUGAGGGGAUGCGGUAUUGACUGCAAAAUUUAUCGAUACGUCGUGUCGAAAAGUCCAAAUAGUUUUACUUCGAAAAGAAGUAGUUGGAAUGUAAUCGACAAAAGUCUGAUAUAUUGCUGACCGAAAAUCUGCGCUUCAAUAGAAUUUGUUUCACUUAUAAUCUUUGACAGGUCUCUGGCGAGUCUACGAGCAUGAGACAAUCGGUCAGAAUUAUCGAUUGCCGGAGCUGCUGGGCGCAGUAGGACUCUCGGCGUGCGAAAACUUGCCGGUGAUGAUUGAACGCAAGCGACGAAUCCACCAGUGGUACAAGGAGCUGCUUGGGGACAUUCCCUUUCUGCAGUUCCAGCACUCACGACCCUUGGACGAACCUGUGUGGUGGCUAAACGCACUAUUAAUCCGGACACCAGCAAACAUCGAGUUGCCGGAGCAGUUCCGAGGUCUGGGCGAAGUGGGCUCAAUUAUUAACAGUGUGGCAUCUUCAUCAGGUUCAGGAUUAGAUGGAGUUGAAGCCAAAGCUUCUUCAUCCAGGUCAGCAUCUCUGCCAGCUCAAAAUCUCGCUGAGACGGUGGGGAUGGGAGUAAUGCGGGAGCAUCCCAAUAUCGAGAUGAGGCCAGCGUUUUAUCCUUUGCACAAAAUGUCGUGCUUUGCGGAUUGCGCUAGAUACUGUCCCAACGCGGAUUUCGUCUACGAGAGGCUCCUUUGCGUACCAAGUUCGGCGCAACUGACCAGGAGUGACGUGGAAGAGGUCUGUCAGGCGCUGCGGAACAGUCUCACGGAGGUAAUGGGCGCUCCUGUCUGAGCCUGCAACUCGACGUACACCAGGGGAGUGCUUGCAAUCAGCACUAGAAAUAUUUAUAUCUGAUUUUUCAUUGGUUUGAUGUUGUUAUGCAUAUCGAGUUCUUGUCGAUGUUGACGUCUCUCUCGUUAAAUUAUGUGGUAACUGAAAGGAUAUAGAUUAUGUCAAGAUGUCAUUUUUUCCAUACUUGAAACUCUAUUUAUCUACUAUGAUAAUGAUGGGACUGUCUAUUUAUCUACUAUGUGAUGAAGUAAAAGAUUUGCUGCAUGUAGAAGAAGUUGUUGUUAGAUUAUAGAAGUGGCAGACGUUUUUAGAGAUUGUGCGCUAGAGGUGGAUAGUUCAAGAAUUGUCAAAUCUAUUGCGAUGACUGUCAAUUUUUCAACUUUUUGAAGUUUUGCGCUGGCUCAAUGUCUGUUCUGCAUGAGGAUUGCGAGUUUGGUUCACUCGCUGCAUGUUAUCGUCGCGUCGACGCUAGCCGCCCUCUGCGGUGCAGGCAAAGCGUUGGAGAAGGCGAAUCGCUCAUUAAGUGCUUAAGAUUAGAAAAACAAGAUUUAAGAUUAUGGUUCUUGUUCGGUAGCAACAGUGUGGAAACAGUCUUUAGCUGUACAUGCUUGUGUGGCGAGGUGGAUGAACCAGUUUGAUGAAUUGUGAUUAGGGUGGUUUGAACUGAAUAUUUUGAUGUUGACAAAUUUUAUGUGGUUAUACUUAAAAUAUGGAGAUGAACGAUCGGAAGAUAUCGACUGAUUACUUUAUUGCUCUCAAUCAGAUCCUUCGAAAUUCAUGAAGUUUAUGUCGAGACUAUCUGCGACUGUGACUGUCGUAGCAUCGAGCUGAAAGUUUUUGUUUUACUUCUGAAGGGUCUUGGAUCGAAAACUCAGUACAUUGGUCGAUGAACGGAUGACAGAAAGUGAAGUUCUUGGUAAGACGAAGUUUGAUAUGACAAAGCAACGUGAGCAGGCAGAGGCAAAGUUGGAAGGCUCUACGUUGUUCUUGCAAUUGAAAAAACUCAGAAAUAUAUCAAUCUGUUUCGUCUUGCCAGCAGUUUAGGAUGACUGCUUGAGACGCAUUGACGAUGAUGAGCGGUGUCUCUG